AUGUCCGCCCUGGAGGUUCCCGAGACUGGGUUGUCUCUCUGCAGAGACAACCACAGCAAUGAUCCGACAGCCAAACCACCUCAAAUCAUGCGAUUGAAUCUCGCCCAGAGCACCCUUGACGAAUUGAUUCAAAGCCUUCGGAACGAUCAGACAGCUCGGCUUCGCCUCGGAAAACAUCCGUCCCUCCACUACGGCACUAAAUCCCAUUCGUUCCAUUCCCGUCCUGAAACGCAUCGAUCCGAGUUCUAUACUGGCAGUGCCGCUGAUAAAGAGAACCUCUACUUUUCGGGUGUUUUGAGCCAUAGCUUGGAGGUUCAGAAGGCUAAGGAGGCUACCGCAGCUACGGAUCAGGCGCUGGCAAAUCUCGAGCAAAGCCUGAACGCUUUCGAGAGGGGGAAGGGCAAAACUCACUUCAUCAAUGGUAGUGAUGAUGUGCGAGCUCUCCGGGCCGGUGACAAUCGGACCAGCACCGGCAAACAGGCCGCCCGCCUGGCUCGUAUGCCUGCUACCAAAGUGGAGCUGGAGAAAGACCGAUUGCUCACUGCUGCUAAUCGGUCGGUGUCGUCGAGCCCAGCUCUGGGAGUGGCUCGAUCUCCAGGAGGGCCUCUCACUCCCCUCACGCCCACGUCCGUGCCCUUUUCGCAAAACAAAGAUCGUGUUCGCCUCGAGGCCCUCAAGGUCCCCUUCAUUCACCUCCUCGCUAUUCGGGCUGUAUCUGCCCAGUUUCUGGCGCGCCAGACCCGCUCCACCCUCGAAGACUGCGAGACCUUGGCUCGGAGAUACGGCGUGGAGAAUCGAAUCAACCCGGAAAAGUACGACCUAAGAGAUAAAACGUACAAGGAUCUCGAUGUCUGGAAAUUCCCGUACCCGUCCCAGGAGGACCGACAGGAAGCUAUCGAAAAUGCCAUUUCUGCGUUCGAUCGCAUGCGCAUAUCUCGCACUGACAAGCUCUGGCAGAUGCUUCUGCCGAAGGAGGAACGGGGCAAGGGCAAGUGUCUGUCGCGGUUGGACUUGCGAAUAGGCCCUAUAAAGAAGGCCUUGACCCCUCGGAUACAAGUGCAACCUUCCGAGGAUACCGGCAAGGAUGGUUACACCACUGGCCAGGACACCGAUAAAGGCACUGCAUCCGGCUUUACGCCGAAGGCAGGAGAACCCACAUCGGCUCCUAGGUCUGUGCCUACUGUGUCUAAAAAACGAGUCGCUGAAAAGGAUGCUUCGAUGAAGCGCUCGACCACCAAAACAAAGACUGCAGCCAACAGUACAUUGACCGGUCGGGUGACAAAGAAGGCUGAGCGUAAAUUCACUGGGAAGCCGGAGGCCAAGUUCAAGUCGGCUGAAUUUGUACAUGAUUCUGACGAGGAUGACACGGAUAUGCCUGAAGCCUCUUCCUCGGAAAAACCUCCGGCGGAAGCAACCAAGCUUCAGCCACAACCAAAGCCUACCACCAAAGCGGCCGAAUCAGUUCACAACAGGGAAUCCUCACACGUCCCAACACCCAAGGUGGAGCAACCCGAGCCUACCACAAAGCCCGGCCCUUCUCCUCAAGUCGCUGGCAAGCUUCCAGCUGCAAAGAGACCACCUUCGACGCGGCCACCCGCCCAAAAGUCCCCUGCGAAGCCGUCACCGCUCGGAUCAUCACCCCCGACAAAUGUUUCCGAUGUUCAAAGUCGUAGCCGCUCCUCGAGCCAGAACAAUUCGUCCAGCUCUUCCUCUUCUCCGCUCAUCUCACAGAUUUCCAAGCCAUCCCGCUCACUUACCGCUGCCGCGCCCACAAUCCGGAAAGUAACCAAGCCGAACGGUGCGACCAAGGGGACUGAGUUGUCAAAUCCAUUGAAACGAAAAGCGGAGCUAGACCGACCUCCAGCUCAGGCUCUAGGCCAGGGUCGAACAACUGGAAAUCUAGAGCAUAAAAGGCGACGGGCAGUAAGCACGUCCAGUGGUAGCACUGGCAGUGCUUCGCCACCACUCAGUCGUGAACUACUCACUCAACAGCUGCACGAGAAGUCGCGGAAGUUCAAACAGUUCUAUGCCAAAUAUUACGAGCUUCAUCGAUCACUAGCGUCGCAGCCCAAACCGUCUCAGGUCGACCUAGACCGACUUCACAAACAACAUGUUCGCCUACAACGGAUGAAAAAAGAAAUUUGGGAUGAGGAUCGACAGUUGAGGGAUUGA